AUGAGUCCCCUAUUUCCAAAAGCGGCUAAAUUCCGUCAACGUGUGCUUGCCAAGGCGUGGAAGCAAAAAAGUGAAGAACUCGAAUUGGAAUACUAUAAGGCUGUAAUGAAUAAUCAACAAAGUUUAACACAAGCAGAAGAAAAUGCCGAUGAGAAUAGUGUGUGCUUUCCUAAUACUGAGUGUAGUUUUGAAGCUGAUGUUGUAUGAUUGUUUUUAAUAUUCGUUUUUAAUAAAAAGGACUAUUUACUUUUUAAGUUGAGUUUUAAGGCUAUGUAUUCGAAACAGUUUAGAAGAAAAAAUGUAUUAUUUUCUUUUUGCUACUUAUUGUUAUAUUAGUGAUUUAAUGUUAAUACAUCAGAAAAGAGUUCAC